UUCAGAGACGCCGGCCAAGGAUGCUUGUGUAACCAAGCUAUCAUGCUGAUCACAGAUGGAGCAGUGGAGGAUUAUGAAGCUGUGUUUGAAAAAUACAACUGGCCAGAUCGGAAGGUCCGGGUUUUCACUUACCUUAUUGGACGGGAAGUCACUUUUGCUUCCAACGUGAAAUGGAUCGCCUGCAACAACAAAGGCUACUACACUCACAUCUCCACGCUGGCAGAUGUCCAGGAGAAUGUGAUGGAGUACCUGCACGUGCUCAGCCGUCCCAUGGUCAUCAACCACGACCAUGACAUUAUUUGGACCGAAGCCUACAUGGACAGCGCGCUGCCACAGUCUGCGGAGCUCUUCGCAUCUCAGGCUCAAAGUCUGUUGCUCAUGACAACAGUGGCUAUGCCAGUCUUCAGCAAAAAGAACGAGACGCGAUCUCAUGGCAUUCUCCUGGGUGUGGUGGGCUCUGACGUACCACUGAGGGAGUUGUUGAAACUUGCUCCACGGUAUAAGCUGGGUGUCCAUGGAUAUGCUUUUCUGAACACCAACAACGGCUACAUCCUUUCACACCCAGACCUCCGUCCUUUGUAUAAAGAAGGAAAGAAACUGAAGCCUAAGCCAAACUACAACAGCGUAGAUCUCUCGGAAGUGGAAUGGGAAGACCAGGAUGAAAUACUGAGAACUGCCAUGAUCAAUGGGGAAACAGGCUACCUCUCCAUGGAUGUGAAGGUCCCUGUGGAUAAAGGGAAACGAGUUCUCUUCCUCACCAAUGAUUAUUUCUUUACGGACAUCAGUGACACACCCUUCAGCCUGGGUGUUGUGCUGUCCAGGGGACACGGGGAGUACAUUCUGCUGGGGAACACUUCGGUGGAAGAAGGUUUGCAUGACCUGCUCCAGCCAGACCUGUCUUUAGCAAAUGAAUGGAUUUACUGCAUCACCGACAUUGAUCCGGAUCAUCGGAAGCUCAGCCAGCUGCAGGCUGUGAUCCGUUUCCUCAAAGGAGAAGACCCUGACCUGGAAUGUGACGAAGAGUUGGUCCAGGAAGUACUGUUUGAUGCAGUGGUCACUGCACCCAUGGAGGCCUACUGGACAACACUAGCCCUUAAUAUGUCCAUGAAGACUGAGGCAGAUGUUGAGAUGGCAUUUCUGGGCACUCGGGCUGGACUCAUGAGGAGAACCCUAUAUGUGGGCUCUGAGAAAAUCUCCAACAG